ACCUCACCCACACCAUUUACAAUUAAAUUACUCUCUGUCUCUAGUGAAUUAUUAUAAUAAAUAAAAGAUAUCAAUGUAAUUUUGUUUUAAGUAGCUGUGACUGUGAGGCUGUUACGAAGAAAAGCGCGUACAUGUCUGGUAGAUUCCAUGGGAACACCAUACAAUCUUCAAUUUCUGUAAUCGGAACCCUCGAGAAGAGAUUCUAAAGUCAGCCGUUCCUGUAUAUGCUGUGAGGCAAGUACGCCGAUGGCUGAUUUACCAGGUUAUAUGCGUGCUUGCCUGCACACUGGGAAACUUGCUUCGUUGGCCAUUUUAGUCUCUGGAGGAAUUGUAUUGCAAAUAUUGGCAUGUGCUCUGUACAAUAAUUGGUGGCCAAUGCUUACUGUAAUAAUGUAUGUGCUUCUUCCCAUGCCUCUGCUUUUCUUUGCGGGUUCUGAUGGUUCUUCUUUAAUUUCUGAAUCUGAUAACAGCUGGGUCAAUGCAACCAAGUUUUUGACUGGAGCUUCAGCAGUUGGAAGCAUUGCAAUACCGGCCAUCUUAAAGCAUGCAGGGGUUAUUGGAUGGGGAGCACUACUGAUGGAGUUAUCAUCGUUCUUCAUAUUUGUAGUAGCCAUUAUGUGUUACAUUCGCGUGGGUGAAGAUGAUGACUAUAGUAUCCUCUGAGAUUGUUGAUUGGGGUUCUUACUUCAUUGUUGUAUAAAAGUGUCAAUGUUAGUCCAUUAUGUGAUUCCUUUUCUUGCUUUUGUGAGCCUUACUUCCCAUCUUUGUGUUGAUAGAUUAAAAAAAAAAAAAAUUACAUUUAAUGAGUGAGAUUCUUUGUCUAGUGCCUCAGAUGUUUUGGCGAUGUUUUUGAACAAAUUCUUUGAAGAGAACACUGAUUUCAGAAUUAUAGAAGGCCAUUCUGAGUGAUCAAUUGAUGAAUCUUACGUCGCCUUUUAAGUUUGAUUAGAAUUCAAUUGGGGUGGACUGUAUAUUGAGAUUAUUUAUUCUUCAAUUUGUUUGUUUUAUGGUGAAUUUUGUUGUAGA